AUGCUUAGAAGUGGUACUACGGAUGGAUAUUGGACAAUAUUAGAAACUGUGCCAUAUUCCAUACAAAAUACUAACACCGCCACAACUAUUUCCAAUGUAGUAAGCGGUUCUCAGCAACAUUUAUCAGAUCAUCGCACGCAUCUGCAGCAUAUUCAAGAGCAGCAACUGCACCAGCAGCAUGUUUCAACAUCAACCGAUCCAACGAAUUUAAUAACAUCUGCCACAGUUGUUGUUGAAAUACCAUCUGAAUCAAUGGGUGGUUUACCAGGCAGCACGAUACAAUAUACAAUACCAAAAACGGAAUCACAUCAGCUAUUGCGUACAGCAACUGUUACUUCCAAUAUAAACAAAAUUCACCAUAAUCAACGUAUACAACAUUUAACACAACAACGUUUGAUAAGCAAUGCACCAAGUCAAACGACAACACCUUCCAUACAACCGCAAUCGCAACAGCAACAAACUCAACAACAACAACAACAACAUCAGCAGCAUGAAACACAUCACCAACAUAUGCAGCAACUCGCUUUGCAAGAUUGUUUAGAUACAAAUCUUGUAACACAUGAACUGCAACAUCAAUCCCAACAACAGCAAACGACACAAACCCACCCAGAAUAUAUCAAAAUCAAUGCUAAUCGUCUGGAAGAAAAAGUUUUACUACGUAAUGUUGUACAAUAUGAAACUACGGGCACAAAUGUUGGUGACACAAUUGUUAUAGAAAAUCCAAAGAUUAAUUUACAUCAGCAAAAUUCUCAGCAACAACAACAACAUCGACAUCAGCAACACCAUCAUCAACAACAGGAUUCAAAUAUCGAAGAGCAUAUACUGCUAACAGAGCACGUGGUUAAUGAAGUCGUGACCAAUGAAAGUGACAUAAAGGAAAUAUCAGCUGAUACAGAACUUGGUGUAGAAAUCGAGAAAGCAUUAUUUAGACAACGGCCAAAACUGGCUACAUCUAGGAGUACGACAAUAGAUACAACUCCAGUAGAUAUGAUUGAUGAAAAGGAAUUCAUUAUCAAUGAAGUGCUGGAAGUAGACUCAAGCGUAUUGCUUCUACCAACAGAAGAUACGAAACCCAUUUCUAAGUCAACGAAUAGAAAUAGAUGCAAAACAUGUCAUUCCAAAACACAAAAAGUGAGAAAUAAUUGCAUAAAAUGCAGCAAAACGUUCAAAUCGAAACAUCUACAAAAACAUAAAAAAUCUAAGCGUACUAGUGCUCUAUAUCAUUGUUUUAUAUGUGACAAAACUUUAGCGCGUAAAUUUUGUUUGAAAAGACAUAUGAAAUCCGUGCAUAAAGAAAUUAGUUGGAACUCUAUACCAAUUGAUCAAUUGUAAAUUUGUAAUA